UCAUAAAAAUGUAAUUUAAAAAAACACUUCUUUUUUUUUAAAAAAAAACUUAAACAAAUUAGUUAAUCGAUUAAAAGUUCCUACUUGAAGUAGACCAAACCCGAGCGAGAGAUAUUAGUAACAACCAAAAACUUGGCAUUCAAUUUGUGUAGGUGUUGUGGAAGACCCUAAUGUUAAAGCAGUGACUAUACACUUAACCCAAUACACAUUAUUAUAAAUGUAAUGGUAAUAAACACAAAAAAAAUGUGUAUGGCUUUAAAUUUUACUUGUCUAGGGAGCUGCUAUCAUUACAGAAGUCCCUGAGAAAGCAUGCAACUUCACUUGCCCCCAGCUGGAUAGCAAGUAAACACUAACCGUUUCCUAUUACCAUACAUUGGCUGCAUAGAAUUGUUGAUUGGCUGAUUUUUUUGUUUUUUCUCUAUCAUGCAUAUACAUGGUUCCCGAACACAAUUUUUUUGCUAGAAGAAAAAUGCUUGAUUGUUGGUUAAUCAUACUCGUGUUUAUCCUUUAAAAACAAAGUUCCACCUGAGGACAAUUCAUCAAGUUUGUUGUAGUUUAAUUUGAAGUUACAUUUUUUUUUUCUGUUACUUUUGAUUGAUCUAUUUAACGCUAAGUAAAAUUUUGUUGUUGUUUUAAAACCUCUUUUACAAUAACAUGUUUCCGUUUCUUUUAUUAAUUGACAAGGACUGUUUAGAAUGACAUACGCUUUAAUUGUUAUGAAUGCUAUAUUAAUUUACGAAAUUGUUACUUAACAUUUAUCUUCUAUAAAAUAAAAAUUGGAAUGAACUCUUUUGAAUAAAUGUUUAUACACAAGACCAGAUGACUACGCUAAUUGCUGCGAAAGAUUCUUCUUCGAUUGAAGAUGCUGAAAAUAUCAGGAAAGCUUGCAAAGGAUUUGGGACAGAUGAGGCAGUUCUUAUAUCUAUACUAGCACAUCGAAAUGUAGCUCAAAAGAAGCUUGUGAGGAUGGCUUAUGAAGAACUUUAUCAGGAAGAUCUUAUCCAACAAUUCAAAUCUGAACUCUCAGGAAGCUUUGAGAGAGCUAUUUGCAAUUGGACGAUGGAUCCAGCUGAAAGAGAUGCUGCAUUUAUUAAUGAAGCAUUAAAGAAGGAAACACCAGAUUACAAAGUAAUAAUUGAGAUUGCUUGCACCAGAACUUCAGAAGAGUUUCUUGCUGCAAAGCGUUCAUACCAGUUUCAAUACAAGCAUUGCCUUGAAGAAGAUGUGGCAUCCAAAACAAUUGGUGAUUUUCGUAGAUUGUUGGUUGUAGUUACAAGCGCCUAUAGGUAUGAUGGAGACGAGUUUGAUGAGAAUCUGGCUCAUUCAGAAGCAAACAUUCUUCAUCAAGUGAUCGAAAACAAGGCCUUUAACAACGAUGAAAUCAUAAGAAUUUUAUGCACAAGAAGUAAGAAGCAGCUAUGCUCAACUUUCAUUGCCUUUAGAAAUAUGUAUGGCACGACAAUUACCAAGGGAUUAUCAACAGAUCAUCCAAAUGAUGAAUACAUGGAAGCACUGCGUACUGUCAUUCGCUGCAUUAAGAACCCUCGAAGAUACUUGGCUAAGGUGUUAUACUACGCCCUGAAUGAUUUGAUAGCUGAAGAGCAUGCAUUGAGCCGUGUCAUCAUCUCUCGUGCAGAGAAGGAUUUAAACGAAAUCAAUGACCUUUACUUCCAGAGAAAUGGUAUCACACUUGAUAGUUCCGUGGCUAAGAAGACCUCAGGAAAUUACAUGAAUUUUCUUCUUGCGUUGUUAGGAAACAAUUGAGUUUACUUAUUUGUGUUUCAGUUUACUAUCUCUAUAUAUUUGAGAAAAAAAUAUAAUUAUCGAAACCAAUAAACUUAACUGGCUUUUGCUACCACAAUAACGUAGCUUACUACAUAUAGCAUGGUUGAUUCA